GUCGCAUUCGGACGUCCAUCAACGCUCCACCGCGCACCGAGCGUUACCGUACAAAGUAUUAUGUUCCCGCUGCUGCAUCAAUUGCCAAUCGAGGCCGUCGCCACCGCCGUUGUUUGUCGCUGUUGUCUGCUGGAGCAGCCGAGACUGUGCCACAGCUUUCGCGACAACCAGGCGCUCAGCCAGCAGCUGCUCAUCCUGGCGCCCAGUCUGCGCAUCGUGCCCAGCGAUAUGAUUUGCGAUCCUUGCCUGCAGAGUUUGCAUGACGCGCUCGAGUUCCGCCAGCGCUGUGAGAACUCCGAGCGUAUUCUGCGUGCGCGUCUCGAGCAGGAGCUGGACGAUGCUCUGGAGUGCCUGGAGCGUGAGGUGAGCUGCCUGGAGAAGCAAAAAGCGAAUUCUGCACAGGCAUCAGCAGAAGGUGCACUAGUGGAUCUGGUUGAUUUUGGCAGCUUGGAUCUAUCGGAUACAUUUGAAGAGUUUAGCGAUACACAACUGCUCGAGUGUUCGAGUUCCUGGAAUAUGAGCAUUUUAAAUACACCUGAGCAUCGGAUGGAUACUCAGGAGCCUAGCCUAGAUGAUUAUCGACGAGAGCAAGCGGCAGUUGAUAAGCCGAAACCCAAACGCAAGCGCACGCCCCGCAAGACGCCCACAGCCGCGAAGGCGCGCUCAAGGACCCCCAAGUCCUUGCGUCCCUGCACUGAGUGCGAGAAGAAGUUCACGCGCAACUUUCAGCUCAAGCUGCACAUGAUCUCGGUGCAUGGCUUAGGCGAUGGCAUGCGCUAUCGCUGCGAGGUGUGUGCGAAGAGUUUCGCCUCGCUGCACAGUCUGCGGUAUCAUGUGACCUCGCUGCACUCCACGGAGCGUCCGUUUGUCUGCGAAAUCUGCGAUCGUCGCUUUGUGCUGCGCACCCAGUUGGUCUCCCACGCUCGCAUGCACACGGGCGAGCCGAAGCCGCGCAUCUUUCCCUGCCCCGAGUGCUCCAAGACGUGGCCCACCAAGUCGGAUCUGCGCACACAUAUGCGCUCCCAUGAUCCCGACAUGUCCAAGCGCCCCUACAAGUGCGACAGAUGCGAGAAGGCCUUCUUCACGCGCGGACACCUCAACUCCCACCAUCUGGUGCAUACGGGUGAGAAGCCCUACGCUUGUCGCUACUGCGACAAGUCCUAUCAGAGCGUGGGGAAUCUCAACAAUCAUAUGACGCGACUGCAUGCCAACAAAAUGGAGUCCGAGCUGGAGUCAAAGUACACAUAUCCCUUGGACAUUGAGAGCUGAUGGACAUUGAGGUCUCAUUCAGGUAUUAGUCACAGUUGCAAUGCCCUCAAAUCAUAAUCGAUUCAGAAACGAAUAUUGCACAUUACAUAUAAAAACUUAACACUUAGUAUUUAUCAAAUAUAACAAAAAUAAUAAA